AAAAAAAAACAACCUUAUGUAUGAUAGUGCCUAAUUCAACAUCAUGCGUUUAUACUUAAUAGAUUGUCUAGGAGAUAUCAUAAGUACCUAAAAAAAUGGAGAUAAGCUUAUGACAUGGUUAAGACCUGGAUAAGACCGGACUUGAUUAAGAGUUAAUGAGUGAACCUAAUAAAUUCUCUGCUUUUUUUUAUUUUUUAUUUUAUAAGUUGACACAUUUUUUUUUCAAGUUUGUUAAUGUACUAUGAUUAAUAUCUCUAAUUACAAUAAGUAAAAACUAUUAAAAAAAAUUGAUAUUUAUAUAAGCUCCUACACAACUAUGUAUAUUUAAUGAAUAAUGUCAAUAAUCAAAACUCAAAACGUGUUAAUUUUAAAAAAAAAAUAAUAAUGAAAAAGCAUGAGCAUGAAUUUGAGCAAAAACAAGAAAAAUAAAUAACCAACAUAUUCAACCCACUAAUUAUCAAAUUCGACCCAACUCGACUCAACAGCUUAAGUAAUAACCCAUAUUUACACAACUAUUACACGUGUUAAGCCACAAAAAGAGGAUGGUAAAUUGGUGAUGUUAAAUUGUUAAUCCAAAGACGUGUAUACAAUUGUCAUCUCGUGUACAUGCAUUUCACGAUUAUUACUUCAUAUUAUAAGUUUAUUACUACUAAUCUUUAACUAUUUUUGGCAACAAUUUUAAUUUACUACCCAUCAUAAUAACAAACCCUUUCUUCGUGCGCGACAUUCACUUUACAUAAAAUCAUCAUUUGAUUCUUUUCUCAUAACUUUCAUUUAUUACGAAACAGAUUAUCUGAUUAUAUGUCCUCCUUAAAUACCAAUUUUACCCCUACCAAACUCAUUCACCCUCACAAUUCUCAGGGGUAAAUCAGUCUUUUCAACUCCCUCUGCAAAAUUCUGUAACAAAUCGUACCAACUGCAAAUCUCAGCCUUUUGUCGUCUUUGUCCGGACAAACACGAGCUAACAUCAUUUCAUCCCAUCCGUCCGAUCUCACAGUACACAUCCCAAUCUAACGGCUCAGAUUUCAUCCCCUCGAAAACAAAUUAAUUUCAAAUUUAAAUCAAAAACAUUUUGACAGCAAAGCCGCCUUUUCCAAAAUAAUCCCUCAGCUAAUCAAAUAUUGACACGUGUCCACCCCUUUCUCUUAAAAUUACCGGCAAUUCACUUCUUCUUCAUACUCACUAUCACUCUUUCUCUCUCUUCAACCCAUUUUCUCUCUCCUCUCUGAAAAUGGAGAUUUCCGAGGUUUCCUUCUUAUCUCUGUUAAUGGCGCCUGAAACUUCCUCGAAUGAAGAUCAAUUCUACGAUGAUUCAUCACCUCAAAAUCUCAGUACCUUUCUUCCGACACCUUCAAUGGCGCCGAUUUCUGAUCAUGACUACCAUUAUUGCAACAACAACAACGAUAAUCUUCUCUCUCCGAUUCCUGAGUCUUACCUUCUUCCACCUCUUCUUCCGCCAUUAAUGUCGCCGGAGUUUUCUUCAGCCUUACCAAAUCUUCUCUCCUUCGAGAACUUUCCUCAGCUUUCUCCAUUUUCUUCAUAUUCACCACCACAACAACCGCCACAAAUUCAAUUACCGCCACCUCCUCCGCCGCCGCGUCAAUCGCAGAGAGAUGACUACUCGCUAGACUCAAUCCUUGAGAAUUACUUCGAAAUCUCAAAGCAGAAGAGAAAAUCAUCGUCGUCGGCGGCGGCGGCGGCGACGGAGAAGGCGGCGGUGGUGGCGCGAAGGCAGAGGAGUAACCGGAGGAGUAAGAUGAGUGAGAAAAUCUACUGCUUAGGGAAGCUACUACCAGGAGGUCAUCGACACCGGAAGAACACGGCGGAUAUGUUGGAGGAAGCGAAGAAGUACGUGAAGUUUCUUCAAGCGCAAGUUAACUCGCUGCGGACUAUGCCGAGUGAGUCGAGGUUUACGGAGUUGAAACUUGGAUUUGGGGACUUAAGAGGAAUUGGAGAGCUGGCAAGACUGAGUAGACAGCAGUUGUUGCAAGUGGUGGUGAACUCGCCCGCGGCGCAGAUGGUUAUGGCGGAUAGAGGAUGGUGUUUAGCGACGGCGGAACAGGUGGCGAUGAUGAAGAGGAUUGAGGCUAGGCAGAAGGUUAUUCAGCAGUUCAUGCAUAAUCUUCCACUCUGAAAUGAAUUAAAAAAAAAAAAGACAUAUAAUCCUUUGAAAUAGAAGUUACCUAGUACAAGAGUUGUAUUGAAAAUUUUGGAGUUAAUUUUUGUAAAUCAAUCAAUCGUAGUAGAUAUCUUCACUAUGGGUUUUACAAUUUUAGUGUAAGAAAUGAUCUCAUGGAUGGAUGGCUAAUGAAAAUGGAAACUUAAUUGAAUUAUGUUAUA